AUGACAGCCAACAUCCCUGAAAUCCUCCUACUAUGCAUGGACAUCGACUUCAUAACAGCCUUCAACGAUGCGCUUAAAACAACCUGGCCAGAUCACAACCCAGAAAAACUAAAGAUCACCCCAAUAAACGAGCGCCUCAACUCCCUCCCAGAAGCAACAACCUUUGACCUAAUCGUCUCGCCAGCAAACUCCUACGGCCGCCUCGACGGAGCCUUCGACCACGCCAUCUCAAUGACCUUCAGCCCGCGAAAGGACUACCACGCUCUGACACGCGCAGCGCAAAAAGUGCUAUAUGAGAAAUGGCGCGGCUUUGCGCCACCCGGGUCGUGCACACUUGCCGAGUUCCCGGAUGACCUAAAGCAGAAUAAAUACGGCUGUGGAUGGGUGGCUAUUUGUCCGACAAUGCGUGAGCCUGGAGAUGCCCGCUGGGACCGGGAGGUUGUCUAUGAGUGUGUGUGGAGCUUGUUGUGUCAGGUCGAGGGGCAUAAUCGCUCUGCGGAGGAGAAGGAGAAGAUUGGGCGGAUUCUUAUGACGCCGUUGGCUGCUGGGAUUGGGAAGGUUAGUAAGGAGCGCUGGGCGGUACAGACAGUGCUCGCGCUGAGACAAUUUGUUGACGCUAUUGAGAGGCCUGCGAGGUGGGGUAAUUUGGGGUGGGAGCAUAUUGACGAGGAUUGUCUGGAAGUUGAGAGGACUUGGACGUUGUGA